CGUCUCCGUCUUCACUUUUCCCAUAAAAAUGUCUCUCUCCCACCUCAUCCACACCCACCCCCUCAUCGACAACCACGCCCACGCCAUUCUCUCCCACUCCCACGCAACAGACUACGCCUCCUAUCCCUUCGAACAGAUCACCUCCGAAGCCCAGGGGCCAGCCCUGCACAAUGCCCACCGGUCGCUGCCUCUCCUCCGCGCGAUUAACGAUCUCGCCGGUCUCUACGGGUGCCCUGACGUCGUCCAAGGAGACCACAGGGCAGAAGAUCGCUGGGAGAAGCUGCUCGCGGCGCGGGCAGAGUGCGUCAAGACCGAAGCAGGCUAUGAAGAGCUCGUUCGGCGGUGUCUGCAUGGCACGCAGGUGCUUUUACUCGAUGAUCUGCUGCCCGGACAUGUGCAGGAGUACACCUGGCACGAUCGGUUCACGCCGUCACAAACGAAGCGAAUUGUGCGGAUCGAGGUUCUAGCGGGGGGAAUUAUCGAUGAGAUGAAAACCGGCAGCAAUUUCACAAGAGAGGAGAAAGAAGACGCCUUUUCGAGCUUUGCAAAGAGCUUCGCCGACGCCAUCCAAGGGGCAAUCGCGGACGCGGCGGUGGUGGGCUUCAAAUCGGUGAUCUGCUACCGGACGGGCCUGGAUGUCGGGAACCCAGACGAGGCGAGCGUGAUGGAAGCGUUCGUCAGGACGGCGUCGAUGACGGGGACGUGUCGUGUGGAGGAUAAAUCGCUCAACGACUGGAUCCUACUGCGCACCCUCGACCUGUUGAAACAGCACCGGCUGCAGCAUGAAGAAGAGACCCCCAAACCGGUCCAGCUACACACCGGCCUGGGCGAUGCUGAUAUCAACCUCCUCACCUCCAACCCGGCGCAUCUCCAGCCCGUCAUCGCCCGGUAUCCGGAGGUCGCCUUUGUCCUGCUGCAUUCGGCCUACCCGUACACACGGGAGGCAGGGUACCUUGCCUGCGUGUACGACAACGUCUAUCUCGACCUGGGCGAGGUGUUCCCCAUGGUCAGCCGGGAUGCGCAGCAGGCCAUCCUCCGCGAGAGUCUCGAGAUCGUCCCCACGUCCCGCUUGCUCUGGAGCACCGAUGGCCAUUACUUCCCGGAGACGUUUUGGCUGGCAAACCGCCAGUUCCGCCUCGUCCUCGACGAGGUGCUGACCGAGUAUGUGCGCAGGGAGGACCUGUCCCUGCUACAGGCGAUGACCGCGGCCGCCGAUAUCCUCUUUCACAACUCGAACCGACUGUACGGGCUCAACUUGAGCCCUGAUCCGGUGAUGGCCGGGUCGACGGCCAUCACAGCUAACAUGGUCGCCACAUCUGAUACUACAUCUGCUACAUCUGGAGUGCCUUGGCUGGCUAAACUGGCUAAAUUGAAUGUCAAGUUUGUCUGGGUCCAAUGGCUAGACUACACAGCCACCACCCGCGUGCGCAUGUUCCCUGUCCGCGAAUUCCUUCGCCUCGCCCACCAGCAGCGCCGCCUGGGCAUUGCCCGCGCCAAUCUACGCAUGAUCCAAACGGACGCCGUCGCCCCGGGGAGCUCCUGCGCGGGGCAGUUCUACCUGCAGCCCGACCUGGCGACCCUGGCGCCGAAUCUGGCCUUUGGUCCAGUGGCUGCUGCUGGUGGUGGUCGUCACCCGUCCGCCAGCGCCACGGUGAUGACCUUUUGGCGUGGAGAGGACGGCGUGCCGCUCGAGGGGUGCCCGCGCACGACGCUGCAGCGGAUAACACGCCUCCUCCAGACGGAGCAUGGGCUCGACGUGCUCUGCGGGUGCGAGAUCGAGGUCGUCCUGAUGCGCUUCGACAGUGUCUACAACGUGUACGUUCCCGCCGCGACGAACCAUUCCUGGUCGCAGAUGACGCGGGAAACACGCCCGUUGGUGCCCCUUCUGGAAGAGAUCGCAGACACCCUCGCCUCGCUCGACAUCGAGCUGCAACAGUUCCACGCCGAGUCUUCCCCAGGCCAGUUCGAGUUCGUCCUCCCCCCUUCAUCCCCAUUACAGGCCAUCGACACCCUCCUCCGUGCCCGCGCGGCGAUCGUCCACGUCGCCGAGCAGCAUGGUCUGCGCGCAACACUCCAUCCGCGCCCUUAUACCUCUGCGGCCGGAACAGCGGCCCACACGCAUAUCUCCAUCUCGAAGACAACGCCCGACAUGACGCUUUCUUCCUCCAUCUCCACCGCUACUGAACAAUCCUUCCUCGCAGGUCUCCUCGCCCACCUCCCCUCCGUGAUGGCCUUCACCCUCUCCCAGGAGGAAAGCUACGCGCGCGUCCAGGCCGGGAUCUGGGCUGGCGGCGAAUGGGUCGCAUGGGGGACCCAGAACCGCGAGACGCCCCUGCGCAAGAUCUCCCCUGCCCACUGGGAGGUCAAGACCGUCGACGGGCUGGCGAAUAUGUAUUUGGCGCUUGCUGCACUCCUCGCUGCCGGAUACUUGGGCUUGAAACACAGUUUACCAUUAACCAUUCAAGAUUGUCAAGGCGACUCAUCGGUUGAUCGCGAGAAAUACGGCAUCACUACCCCCCUCCCAAAUACCUUGCAGGCAAGUCUCGCGGCCCUGCAGGCUGACGUCGACCUGCACACCCUCCUCGGCAAGGAGUUUGUGCAGGAUUACAUCGCCACCAAGAGGACGGAGAGGGAGAUGUUGCUUGCCAUGCCUGACUCGGAGCGUAGACUUUGGUUGAUUGAGAGGUAUUGACCGGGUCUAUACUGCCUAUAUGGUACCUAUAUAUGCAUCACAUUAGUGACGCAUUAGUUUUUCUGUACAAUACAGACCCUAACUACGAAUUACCUGAUGCAAAAGCCUGGUUACUAUUUUCUUUCUCUGUGUAUGUUGCACGCCAUGGCUGCUCGUGUUUUCGAGCCUUGACGGGGGG